AUGACACACUCACCUACCUCACCUCAUAGCACAGACGCUGCUACUACUGCUGCCAUAGACAUUGAUCAAACCAGCCAAGAUUUUCAAUCAUCCGUAGAAGAAAGAAAGCAAUCCGUCCAUUCAUUCCGUGUCUUGGACUCACAAAAGGACACAGAGUCAGACAAGGAUCUAAUUAUCCACUCGUUGCAUGAAUCGCUUCAUAUACACAAGGAGAUCCUGGAACGUAUUCAGAAUGAAAAGGAAAAGUAUCAGAGCCAAGUAGAGCAGGAAAGACAAGAGGAGAAGAAAUCAUUGGAGAGUUGGAGACAGGCAUCUCAGCAGGUUUUGGAGGAGCAGCACGACCGAUGCCAAGAACUAGAGCAAAACAUUGCUCUGCUAAAACAAGAACUCGAGGCCAAGAAGGAAGCAUAUCAGAAACUAGAGGUGAAUUUCUACUCCUACGUCAAGCAGAUUCGGGUGACGGACGACGAUUUGUCUACAAUCCAGCCUGAGAUAUCGCACUUGUUGAGCCAAUUGAACAAUACAUGUAUGGGUCUCAAGUCCAAGAUGGACCGACAGGGUGGCACUGAUUUCGUGUUUGAGCAUUGGCCAGACAAGGUGGAUGCCAUCAAGAAAUACAUGAUGCCAACAAGCGAUGGUUUACUAGACACAUCCUACAUUACGCUGUUUGUGGAAAAGUAUCUGAUCAAUACAUUGCUGAUCCAUGUGCUGGAUGUGCCCAUUCACUUGGGUGUUUCCAUCAAUGAUGCGUUUCAAGAGCUGGAUGAUUGGAUGGCAAGCCGCAACAAGGAAUGGUCUCAUCGUCUAAGACAGCAGGUGUGUGCUCUGGUGGUCCAGCAGCCUGCAGAUGAAGAAGCUCAAAUCCAAGCAGCCAAGGACCAACUACUGCAAGACAUUGUAUCUGUGCUAGGUUCAGUAUAUCCUGCACUGAAGCAAGAUCCUAAAAAGAUUGAAAAUCUUAUUCAAAGAGCUUCUAAAUUAAACUUGGCUGUCAAGGGACAAGAAAUUAAAAUCGAGCGCUUGCCUGUUGAGGAAGGUGUGACACAGUUCAAUGGGGAGACGAUGAAAGCAACCGCCAAGGGAAAGCCAAAUGGUAUUGUAUUCCUGGUUAUCACUCCUACCUUUGUAGCAAGAGACGAGCUGGACAACGAGCAUGGAUUUACUGUACCAGGAAAGGUGUUUUGCGUCGAGCAGGAGCAAGAAGAGGAGGAUCCAGAAGUGGAUUCAGCAGUGGUUCCAGCAUUGGAUGUACCUGAAGAUAUUCAUGAUCAACAGGAUCAAGACAUGGACCAAGAACCUUCUAAAAAACAGAAAUUUUCGAGCAAUCAAGAGCCUGAGGCGGAAGCUACAAGCGACACUGAAAAGACAGAGAUUUCUUAG